GGGGGGGUCUGUUUGCACAGACAUACCGUCUGCAUCCCACAGAAGAGAGGAGAUCCAAGACUGCACGCUGUCCGUUUUUCAGGAAGGCGUUUAUUGAGAAUCUUUGCCUAGGGCGAGGAACGAGGAAGUGGGCGCAGGUACCAUGAAAAUUGGUUCCUAUUAUAUCCGACGAGGCUGGGGAGAGGAAAUGAAAGCAGAUACUGAAGAUAAGACAUCAUCAUUAGCCAUAUAACCAAGCCAACUAUGGGAAUGCCACAGCCAGGCAGUCCAGAAACAUCUGAAAAUGCAAUCUCUGAAGGACAUGACAGAUCACAGAGAACAUCAAUGGAAUCUCCUAAAGCAGCUCAACCAUCUUGCCUAAGAGGAGGAUUCAUCUGUCUGUUUCUGAAAAGGACAGAGCCGGAUAGGUCCCUAGAGGAUGCCUCGUCAAGCAAUCAAAGCACAGAGGACAAACAUGGAGUUAGAGGGAAAAAAACGAAAGGUGCUGAGUGGGAAUAUUUUCCGGUUACCUUGUCUCAGACCAGCAGAAAGGACAGAAACCGGUGAGCAGAUAAACGCACAAGUAAAUAAGGUAGAUGAACAAGGAAACCAGGCAAUUCCAGAGGAAGAAUUAAAACCAUACUCCAAGGCGUCCUUUUUGAGAAAAAUUCGAGGCUACAGACUAAUGAGAGAAAGAGAUGCCACAGAGAAGGAAAAAGUGAUAGAAAUGGAGCAGUGCAAGGAAGGAUUUUUUGUAGAAGAACACCAUGAGAAAAAAUUAGACCUAAGUGGGAAAGUUACCAAACCAAAAAGAUAUGGGGAUAUAUUGGGAGGAGAAAAGGAAAAAUGUCAGAAGAGAAGGAAAGUGAGGAAAGGACGAAGGGAGAAAAGGGAAGCAAAGUUCUACAACAGGAGAGAAAAGUAGAAUUAAGUGCUGAUCAGGGUGACAGGGAAAUCAAUGACAAGAAUUUAAGAGACCCAGAGAAAACUGUGGAUGAAAAGGAUAAUGGUGGAAUGAACAUAGGUGUUAAAAGGAAUGGCAUGGCAGAAUACAAAACCCAACAGACAAUGUGGAAGAACUUGGAAAUAACCUGAAAGAACAAGAAAAUCAUGCAGGCAAGGCAAACGGACACAAUGACAAAGACAUGUUAGGCCAAGAGAAUCAUAAAGAAAUAGUGGAGGACCUGGGCAACAAAAUUACAAAAGCGAGAGACAGCAUAACAAAUCUAGAGAUAAACUCAAAAAAGGUACAUGAACUAGACAAUGACUUAAAAGAACACAAUCCGUUCAUCCACACAAAGAAGGCAGAUGAUGUGGCAAAUGACUUGCCAGAAAAUGGCAUGAUAAUGGAGAAUGCAGAAAAGCUAGAAAAUGACUGUCAAGAACAAAAAAGCCCUGAAGAAAAUACAGUAGACAUAGCUAAAAGCUCACCAACACAAGAAGAAAGUGAGGGGGAGAGCAAGAUCUGAGUUUUCAGAACAUAAAAAAGAUGGGGAAGUGUUACCAGUUGUAAUUGACCACCAUGCAGAGAUUGCUGAAGACACUCAGAACAAACAAGACAAAGUAGAAGAAUCGGAUGAAAAUCUUCCUAAAGUCAAAACUCAUAAAGAGGUUGUAGGAGAGUCAGAAAGCCAUUUGAUAGAUAGGGAGAGUUAUAAAGAAAAAAUAAACCACUUGCCAGAAAAGGAAAUCCAUGUAGGGAAUACGAAGGAACCAGAAAACUUCUCUCAAAAACAGAAUAUCCAAAUAGGGAAAAUAAAAAAAGAAGACCACUCACCAGAACAGGACAACCAUAUACAAAAAGAAGAAAAAACAAUGGACCAGUUUCCAGACCAAGCCAGCCAUAUACAGAGAGAAGAAAAUGCAGGAGACCACCUUUUAGAACAACACAGCCAUAUACACAAAGAAGAAAAAGCAGGUGGCCAGCUUUUAGAAGAGAAGUGCCAUAAACACAAAGAUGGAAAAACAGAAGACCAGCUUCUAGAAGAGGACUGCCAUAUACACAAAGAUGGAAAAGCAGAAGACCGGUUUCUAGAAGAGGAUAGUCAUAAACACAAAGACGGAAAAGCAGAAGACCAGCUUCUAGAAGAGGACUGCCAUAAACACAAAGAUGGAAAAGCAGAAGACCAGUUUCCACAAGAGGACUGCCAUAAACAGAAAAAUGGAAAAGUAGAAGACCAUUUUCUAGAAGAGGACUGCCAUAAACAGAAAGACGGAAAAUCAGAAGACCAGUUUCUAGAAAAGGGCAACCAUAAAACAAAAAAGGAGAAGUAGGAGAUCAGUUUUUAGAACAGGAUGGCUAUUUAGAGGAAGGAGGAGACUGCUUGUUAGAACAGAACAGCAAUACAGAGAAGACAAGAAAACCAGAUACGCCCUGUCUAGAGCAAGAACGACAAGGGAAUAAUUUGCGGAAAACAAAAGCCCAAAUAACUGAACAGGACAGUCUUGAAGACGGUAAUUUGCCAAAGAAGAACAAAUGUGUAAAAAAACAUAAAGGUCUAAGAAAAGUCGUUUCAGAAGAGAUCAAAGACAGGUCAGUAAAACAGGAGAUUGUGAUCACUCACACCACGUGUACUGUAAGAUCAGGAGAACCACAAGCAGAAUUCUCAACAUUUCAAGAAGAAUCAGCACCAAACACAGUGGGCAAUCAGGAAGACAUAAAUGAUGGUGAAGAUGGUGUGAUGGAGGACGAAGAAUGGAAAUCACUGCAGGUAGAGGUGAAAAGCAUGGUUCAAUGGCUAGUAGAAGAAGCCUCUGAUAGGUUGGAAAGUUUUUCCCAAGAAUCCCAAGGUACUGAAUAGAUUACAUUCUUAAUUUGGAUCUUAUAAACUAGGAUAUGUAUGCCUGACACGUCACUAUUUAAAAAAAAAAAAAAAA